GCCCAAAUAUUUUUUUCUCCACCUUUAAGAAUUAUUCAAUGAGCACCUGGAGAGACAGUGGAGCACCUGCUGAAAAGCUGCUGAUGGGAAUCGCUGCCUACGGACGAACCUUCACCUUGACCUCAGCGACCAAUAAUGGGGUUGCAGCACCUACCAGUGGUGUGGGUGAACCAGGUCUUUACACUGGUGAAGGAGGCUUCUGGUCCUACUACGAGGUUUGUUACAAUGUUCCACUACAAGACCGCCACUGGUCCGAAGGACAGGAGGUUCCAUAUGGCUCCGCAGGAACUACAUGGGUGGGAUUUGACAACCCGGAUAGUGUUGAAGCAAAGGCAAACGUUAUUAAAACCUACAACUAUGGAGGAGCUGCUGUCUGGGCAAUGGACCUGGAUGAUUUUAGAGGAGAAUUCUGUAAUCAGGGUCCUUACCCCCUUACCACUCGUUUGCAUAAGCUGCUAGUGACUGAUUCAGAGUCCUCCACCACCACCACCACCGCAGCUGACAACACUGGUCAAACCACCACCACCGCAGCUGACAACACUGGUCAAACCACCACCACCGCAGCUGACAACACUGGUCAAACCACCACCACCGCAGCUGACAAGCCACCGCAGCUGACAACACUGGUACAACCACCACCACUACUGGUCCCAGCACCACCCAUGCUGCCACCACAACACCUGAGAGUUUAA